AUGGCGACUGGCUAUGCGUGGCUCCUCGUCCUGGGCUCGGUCUUUCUUUGCAAUUUAAUGAAAACACUUCUUCCGUCUAUAUCGUCAUUCCUGACAAAGAUGAUGCAGAAAGAUGCUGAGCAGGAGAGUGGGAUGAGGAUUGAAAUCCAAGAGAUGAAGAAGGAGCAGUCAUCAAUUAGCAUGAUGGAUGAGUUUGCUAGAUAUGCCAGAUUGGAGCGCAAACUCAACAAGAUGACAGACAAGCUGAAAACCCAUGUAAAAUCCAGAACAGCACAGCAAGCCAAGAUGAAAUGGAUUGUGAACAUUGUCUUUUAUAUACUGCAGGCUGCCCUGAUGAUCUCCUUGAUAUGGAAGUAUUACACUGAUCCAGUUACUGUGGUGCCAAGUAGAUGGAUUGCCCCUGUGGAACGCCUUGUGGCCUUUCCAACAGGAGUGGCUGGUGGAGUGGGAAUAACAUGCUGGUUGGUGGUUUGCAACAAAGUAGUUACACUGGGUCUCCAUGCUUUCAGUUAGAGACUGAGUAACAUCUGGUGGACUUGGAAAUCUUUGCUCAACAUUUUGUAAAAGAGAGGAAUGUUUUUUUGUCUUGUAUCUAUUUUUGUGAGCUGCUUAAGUUAAAAAAUGUUUUUAAAUGCAGUGCAUUUUGGCAUUGGCUGUUUCAUAUUGCAACUUUGUUUUGCUGGGGGGUUAUGUUUGUGCUUCACAUUUAUUAUGUGAAGGGGGGGGAUCAAAAUGCUUUUUAAAGAAAACAUCGUCAAAUUAAAUGUGUUUUUUUGUUGUUGUAUUCUCAAUAAUUCAGUAACAAUAACAAGUCAUGCAGAUGUAUUGAAGGAAACAUGUUGAAUAAAAUCAAGUUAAGAGAUUCCAAUA